AGCCGGAAGCCGGGCGAGGAGGCGAGGAGCAGACACCUGCCUGAAGCCACGCCAGCUGCGCCCUGCGCUGCACUGUGUGCGACGGACGAACUUGCAGCAGUUGUCGUAGAUCUGAUACUACAGUGGUGUUUCCAGACACUGAACGGCAAAAACCUCCCUUGUAAUGCAGUAGUUACUGUGCAGACACGUACUUAUUUCAACGCAUCUGGACGCUGAACGACCAACGACUCUGGAAGACGGCAGGAUGGUGAGGUGACACGGCUCACAUGGAAGCACGUAUCCGAAACCACUUGCUGUCACUACUCUCUGGCGCGCACACUUCUCAUGUACCAAUACAGUCCAAGCAGAUCUUCUGGACUUACCAUAUCCGCUCGAUUGAGAGUCGUAUAAAAACCAGCCAGUAAUUGAGAGUUACGAACUACUCAUGGAGCAAGAGACGCCUCCAGAUGACAGCUACUGUGAGAUGUGUUUCGCAAGUUCAAUCUGCACGCAAAGGUGUCAGUUCUCUUGGGAAUCGUAUAAUAUUUUCGAACCCCCUGUCGGCUCAUCUGCUAGUGUCUGUAAUUGCAGCCACUGACGGACGAUCGUUUGAUUUAAGCUCUUCUGCCUGAGAACAUGAGUGAACAACCCUGCCUCGCAACGCUAAUACCGUACCAUUCGGUGGAGAAACCUGCGGAGCUACGUAAAAUUCUUCUCAACAACGCAGGUGACAAUCAGUGCUAUUAGCGUGUGUUUUCGUGGCGACGAUCCGCUGGAGAAACGAGCAGAACUACGUAAAAUUGCUCUGAUCGACGCAGUAGACAGACAGUGCCUUUCGCGCGCGUGUGUGUGGGCGUGGCGACUGUUCGCUGGAGAAUCUUGCAGAUGAACAUACAAUUGUUCUGAUCGACGCAGUAGACGAGCAGCGCCUCUCACGAGCAUGUUUUUGCGGCUACUGCUCCCUGGAGUAACGUGCGGAACUACGUUUAGCCGGUGCGUGUGAGACGCGCGCUGGCCGUCGUAAAGCGACGCCGGGACGUCGGCAUGCUGGCGGCGGCGCUCUGCUGCCGCUGGCGCCAGCGCCGGCAUCGGCGCGUCGCCUUCCUUAAGAAGUCGCAGGUGUUUCCGGUGACGCCCGCCAAGGCAGGCGGAGAUGACGCCAACAACAACACGGGCCACGGCGUGGGCGAGCCGCCGCCGCCGCCGCACAGGGAUUCACGCAGCACAACAGUCGAGGAGUUCGCCAUACCGCAGAAACCGGUGCUGGCUAGAGCUGGCAACGUCCGCCAGGACACAUCCAUACUGCUCACUGCGCCGCCAGCCUCUGUGAUGACGCCGCCGGCCGAGCUGUCGUUCCUGCCGCCGGUGGAGCCGCCGCCGAGCGCCGCCGUCAGCCCGCGGCCGCCGUCCGCCGCCACGCAGCUGGAGCUGGAGCUGGACGCGUCGCUGGACUGCCGCAGCCUGGACGAGGCGGAGGCGGCGCAGUCGCAGAUCCUGGAGCCGCCGCACUCCUCGGGCAGCUCCGCCGAGGCGGCGGCCGCCCUGCAGCAGUCGCACCGCUCCGCCAGGCUGCGCGCCCUCAGUGGCAAGCAGACCGCCUCGCCGCAGCCCCAACUGGAGCCUACGGCGGGGGUGGUGGCGACGCCCACUCCGGCCCCUGCACCGUCGGCCACGCCCACUCCAGCCCCUGCGGCCACGCCCACGCCUACAGCUACAACAGCCGCCACGCCCACGCCGACGCCGACGCCCACGCCCCCGCAGGCGCUGCCGCAGCAGACGCGCGCGUCGUCCCCGCCCCAAGAAGAGCCUGCCCGCCAGGAGGAGCACCGGCAGCCGCCCUCUCCGCCCUCAGAGGAGCCGGAGGUGGAGUCCGCGGUGGAGCCCGCACCGCCCCCGGCCCCGGCGCCCACGCCCGCCCCCGCAGCCGGCCCCGGGCUGCCGGCCCACGCGCCCUCCGUCACGCGGCCGCCGGUCAUCGACCUCCGCCUGGACGUCGAGGGUCCUCCAGUAGCCCCCGGUGGCAGCAGGAGGCCGCAGCCUGCGGGCAGGCGGGCAGGGGCGCUGCUCGUCAAGCCUGCCGCUGCCCAGGGCAGGGGACCUCUGACGUCACGCUCCAGCGUGGUAAAGGGCGCCGGCCGCUCUUCGUCGCAGCUGCAGCUGCAGGCCCAGUCCCAACAGCUGCAGCUGUUCCCUCCGGCGCUGCCGCCUGUCGACACUCCGAGGGAAUCUCUCUCCAACUGCUUGCAGAACCUCGACAGCCACGAAUGGGAGCAGGUGCUGUCAGCCAUGCCGGUGCUGGUGCGACUGGUGCGCCACCACCCGGACUCGGUGCUGUUGCAGGCGCCUGCCGUCGCGGCAGCACUGUCGCGCCACGUGCGCAACUUGCGCUCGCAGGUGGCGCGAGCUGCCUGCCAGGCGGCGGGCGAGUUCUUCGUGGGGCUGCGGCGCACGCCGGACCUGGAUGUGGAGGAACUGGUGGGCUCGCUGUUUCACCGAUCCGCAGACACAAACAGGUUCCUGCGAGCUGACUGCAACGCCGCCCUCGACAAGAUGGCGGAUGUAUUGCCUCCAGCACGUGCCGUCCAACUCAUUGUCUCCAAAGGUGCCAGUCACCAGAACGCCGUGGUUCGCACAGUGGCCGCGCGGCUGCUGGCGGCGCUGACGGCGCGCCUGGGCGCAGACCGUGUGCUGUCGGCGCCCCGCGACCUCCGCAGCCGCCUGCUGGUCACCGGCUCCUCGCUGCUGACCGAGGGCAGUCUGGACACCAGAUGUCACGCAAAAUCAAUGUUCAGGCACCUUGUAUUCCACCCAAACUUUGCAACUGUUCUCUCAGAAGUAGUACCACAACAGGUACUACGAAACAUCUCGAAAACUCUCCAGAGCCUGAAAUAAUGUGGAUGACUGAAGAUGCUGACAGAUUUAGGUUGUUAACAGUUCUGUGUCUGUGGAGUAAUGUAAAUAAUUUCUGUUGGGGCUAGAACGGAGUAAUGUAUCGAAUGUUUCUAAUAGAGAUAAUAUAAACAUUCUUUCCAUGAUACUUUUCUACAUAAAUUUCGUUGUUAACACAGUAGUGCCAUUUUGUCAUAUCUUGCUAUGCCAGUUGCAGUAUAUGCACAUAUAAUGUACAAAACCUAUCUAUAACAUAACAUUUUGAAACAGGUGUUUAAUUUAACACUUAAAGAAUGUGAUGCUUCAUUAUCUCAUAAUAUUAAUGUGAAACUUCAUUUUCUAAUUAUAUCCUGCCCUACAGAAUUUUUCAGCUUAGUUUAAAAAAGCCCUAAAUGUACAUAUAAUUCCGUCCAUAUAUGUGAUACUGUUGUUAAGUACAUUAAUAUAUUGAAGAAUAGCAUAUAUUGUAUAAGAUACAUAUCAAAUGAUCAUUCACUAUCGAUAAAGAACUGUACAAGCAUCCUAUAAGGGACAAGGAAGUCCAAAUACAGCAUAUAUUAAUACAGGCAUUAUUUUGCCAACAGAAAAAUGAGGAAUUUUUAGAUCCUGUGUGAAGUAUAAUUAACUAUGAGACCUUUAUCAAAUACAUUUAUUAAAAGUUAAAUUGGCUGAUGUAAGUCAAAGAAUCUGUUAUGUGAUAAUUUAUUUUCAUUUAAAUACACCUAGAGAAUUUUAUGUAUCAAGAAAGCUAUUUUUAAUGUUAUUCAUGUACGUCAAAAUAUGUUAUAAUGUAUUUUCUACAAUAAGCUUUUAUGUAUUUUGUACAAAGAAAUGUCAAAAUAUUCGUAAUAUUACCACAUAAAAGUAAAGUUAAUUCCUUACUGUAAAGAGAUGUUGCAGGAUAUUUAUCUUAUAUUGCUGUUGUCUUAUUUGAAUUGUUUCUAUGAUGUUCCUGUUGAUAAAAAUUGUUUACAGUUGUUAUAUGAUGUUACAUAAAUUCUGACAUGAGUUAGGAAUUUUAGGCACUGUAUCCUUUGAGUUCUUGCUGAUAAAAUGUCCAUAAUUAACUUAUUGAACAAAGUGAAAAUGAAAUAAA